AUGGAUUUCAUCGUUUCCAGUUUGUACGAGAAUCGUCUCUAUGUUUUUCUUGGCUACGGCAAUGGAAGCUUUGCACCACCAAUAGUUCUCAACACAGGUGCAUAUCCAAUGGGUAUGGUUGUUAGCGACUUCAAUGGAGACAACUAUGCAGAUAUAGCUGUCGUUCAAGCUGGCGAUGACAAUGUAGGCAUUUCACUUGGCCUUGGUGAUGGUACUUUUAGUUCACAAUAUGUUUUUGCAGUUGGCUCUACCCCAUCUUGGGUUUCUGUCGGAGAUUUUAAUGGUGACCAACGUCUUGACUUGUUGGUCACGAAUAAUGCCGCCAAUACUGUCAGUGUUCUUCUCGGUUAUGGUAAUGGCAGUUUCGCAUCCCAAAAAUUGUCUUCUACAUUUAUUUGGCCAGCCAUGUCUGUUGUAGCUGAUUUCAAUCACGAUAAUCUCUUAGACUUCGCUGUCUCCAACUAUGGUAGUGAUAAUGUGAGUAUUCAUCAAGGUUUUGGCAAUGGUACUUUUAGCUUGCUAGUGUCCUAUUCCACUAUGACUAGUCCAUUUGCACUAGCUGUGGGUGAUCUGAAUGGUGAUCAACACAUAGAUCUGGUCGUAUCGAAUUGUGAAAAUGGUACGAUCAGUGUGCUACUCGGUAAUGGUAAUGGCACUUUUCGAGCAGCGGUUCACUAUUUGGCUAGAAGCUGUGCGUAUGCAGUUGCAAUAGGUGACUUGAAUGGUGAUACUUACUUGGAUGUCGUUGCUGUCGGAACCUUUUCUAAUUAUUUUAUUAUAUUUCUUGGUGAUGGAACUGGAUCUUUCUUUGAAAGGUGGUAUUUUGUUACAGGUUACAUUCCGACAUCAAUAGCUCUCUAUGAUUUCAACAAUGAUGGUCGUCUUGAUAUUGUGACUACUUACUCCAUGGGCACUGUAUCAGUAUUUCUGAACAACUGUUAA